AUGGUGACAAGUGUGGACUUGCACCUGCGGCAAUUUGACGGCGAGGACGCGUUGCCGGUUCGUGAGGUUGUUCAAGGGUGCGAAGACCUAGAACACCUGGGCAUCAACGGAACAUGGUUCCGGGACGAGACCCAACAGGAGAUUAAAGCGCAUCCUGGAUUCUGGAAAAUUCAAAGUUUGUCAGUUCCGAGGACGCACUUGGGCCUGCUCUACAGAUGCCCUGAUCUCCUCGCCCUCGCACUCACUUCCAAUCUCACCAACGAGGUAGAAACCGACAUCCGACCCAUCGCCCAGUGCUUGAAGUUAGAGCGGUUGAAGUUUGUUGGACGAGUGGGUUUUGCUGUCGACGGUUUUGCGGCGGUACUUCCCCAGAUGCGUUGUCUAACUUUGUUAGUCAUUGACCAUAUCCAACAAGAUCGCUUUGGUCAGCUUGAAGGGUUGAGGGACAUCAAGAACGCCCCGGGGUUGAAGGGGUUUGAGUUAGGUCGUAUUACGACCCCUGUCCAGGCCCAAGAGUUACUUACGGCAGUCAACCAAGCAAUGGUUAUAUCCAUCCUGCGUGCGCGGCCCGAUCUGACCAACUUCAAGCUUAAGGGAUACACCGUCGAUGCGUUCCGGUUCUUCAGUUUGGAAGAAGACGGCCAGUCCAUGCCAUCAUGCCCCUGUCCACGAGUCCGGGAGCUCUGGCUCGAAAUCCAUGGAGCAAUGGAAGUGGUCAGCGCGGAAGUUAUGCAGCGAGACUGGGAGCUCACGUAUAAACAGGUUAGCCGUAUCAAGAGCCUACAGUCGCUCACUUUAAAGAGCAUCAGGUUGGACGUCAGCAACACAGGUGGGUUACACUUCUUGACCAACGCGACCAAACUGAAGGAGCUCAGACUGAGCAACCCCUCGGGGCACGUUUGGUCGCUGUCGGAGAUAACGAACCUGAUGGAGGUCGUUCCUAGAUUGCAAAUCCUUGACUUGAUGCCUCUAACACGCCAGGAUCGUGGCAAAGUCAACAAGUACUUCCGCGACCGUGGCAAGGGUUUCUUGUGUUUCUAA